GGCAGUUAACGCUGUUUGCUUGCAGGAGUAGGAAUAAAAAUGAAUUGCGCUCUCUUCGCCUCCGAUCUUGUCUUUUUUAUCGGUAAAUAUAUACAUUAAAAGUAUAAAUAUCAUAUAUUAACAUAUAUAUAUAACUAUUAUUUCAUUAAUUAAUGAUAUUUUGAUCGUUAAAUAUUUCUAACGAAAGAAGCAGAAUAUGUGUUGUAAUCUGAAAAAGGUAAACAAAUGAGUGAUAAUAGGUUUAUUUUGAUAAAAAUUGAUUAGAAUCAUAUAUCUUAACAAUUUUAACAUUUCGCAGCGUUUUAUAACAGGAAGGCAAUUCUAAACCAGUUACCUAUCACUUUUUAAGAUGAACUAUAUACGAAGAGAAAUAUAUACUAGGUGUAGCAAAGGCUGUUGCUAUACAAUCGUAAUACACAGCUGACUGUUAGGUGGUUUAUAUAAAACUGUAAAAUUUCUGACCGUCACGUAGAUGGUACAUAAUAAUAGUAAUAUUUAUUGAAUAGUGACUGAUUUUUAUUGAUAUUUUUCUAUUUUUUUUGUUCUCUUUUUUUUUAUUUAAUAAUAUUCAAUAGGAAUUUUUUGGUGAGUCAUUAGUACCUCGCAAAAAAAAAAAACAUCGCUUUUAAUACGUUAUUAGCCUUUAUUUGCGUAUUGCAUAAAUACAUUCGUUUCGUAUUAUAAAUAUUUGAAUAUUUAAUUUUUAGUUAAUAUUUUAUUAUGAUAUAAAGAUUUUAUUCUUAGUAGGUCACUUAAUGUGUUGCAGUGAUAAAAAUAGGGACGAUGUUAUUUUGUAAACAAAAAAGUAUAAAUCUAUUUUUUUAGUAUCAUUUGAUACUGUAUUGUUUUUUUAGCAGACUAUAUUUUUUAUAUUAAGUGUUUUAAUUCGAGGUCAGUGUUCUUUAGAGUCUAUAUAGGAACCUAAGAUUAAAGUACAAAACAAAAAUUUCUGUAGGUCAUGUGUGUUAUUGACGAUCAUUGUUUAGUAUGACCAGUCACCAGUUUUUCCUGAGCUGAAAACGAGGCUCAGAAAACUCGUGACGUCACGAAGCAAAAUAAAGGAGACUGUCUACAUUAUUGUUGAUUUUCAUCAGAAUUUACCGAAGAUAAAGAAGUUGGCCAUGAACAAGCUUUAACCAAUCGCUUAAUUUAAGUAAACUGGCCUCGACGUCGGACAGCGAAGACAGCGGUAAAGCUAGUCCGCCGCGUAAAAAAAAGAGACUGGCCACUACAAUAAUGCAAGCGAACGGCUGUGAGAAUAAUCAUGACGGUGAUGAUACCCACGUAUCGAACGGUUCAUGCAAUGGAACUUCUUCGGUACCAACUGCAAACAGUUCGAGAAAGAAAAUGUCGAAAAAGGACAUGGAUAUUGUCCGCCUUAUUGGCCAGCAUUUGCGCAACCUCGGACUCAAUAGAACUGCAGAGCAGCUGAUUGUAGAAUCCGGAUGUAGUCUGGAACAUCCGUCAGCCGCUAAAUUCCGAUCUCAUGUGAUGGAAGGGCGUUGGGAUUUAGCCGAAACGUCCUUAUCCGAUUUCAAAGAUCUAGUUCUGCAUGAAGACGGCUUACUACGCAUGCGUUUUUUAGUCCUAGAGCAAAAGUAUUUGGAACUUUUGGAGGAUAGCCGUCUAUUGGAAGCCUUAAACGUCCUACGCCAGCAAUUGACACCUCUCCACUAUUGCACAGAACGUGUACAUACAUUAACUACAUAUAUGAUGUGCUCAACGGCCGAAGAACUCAGGGAAACCGCCAAAUGGGAGGGUAAAGGUUCGAUUUCCAGGCAGAGAGUGAUGGAAAGGCUCCAUGAAUUUUUACCAGCCAACGUGAUACUUCCUCCAAGAAGAUUAGACACGUUAAUAUCACAGGCUGUCGAACUGCAGCAGCAAAGGUGUCCUUAUCAUAACAGCAAAACAACGGAUACAGACGAUUGCCUUUUAGUCGAUCAUCAGUGUUCUCAGGAGCAUAUGCCAAAUGUCACGAUUCAACUGCUAACAGAUCAUACUGACGAAGUAUGGUUUUGCAGAUUUUCCCCAGAUGGCAAUAAACUGGCAACUGGGUGUAAAUCCGGUCAACUUAUUCUGUGGAACGUUGAUAAAAAACGGUAUACUGUUCAAAAGUGGAAGGUAUUGGAUGGUCAUUCAUAUGGUGUUUCAACGAUUGCAUGGUCAACGGACAGUAAAUAUAUUAUAGUAUGUGGUCCUGAUGAUUGCGCUGAUUUAUGGAUUUGGAAUGCCGAAACGGGAAUUUUAAAGACCAAAAUGAAUAACUCACCAGAAGAUAGCUUAACAACAGCAUCAUUUUAUAACGAUACCUAUCAAUUUAUCGUCGCAGGCACCAGAGGACAAUUCUUUCAUUGUGUUAGUAUAUAUAUUUUGUUAUACUCUUCGAGAUAAUUACUCCCUCGUCAGCUAUUGAAUACGAUAGAUUAUUCUAUAAAAGUAAAAAGCUAGAUUGUACUUCCAUUUUUAUCCAUUCUACUAUUUUAUCUAAUAGAAUGAGCGUUUAAUGAAGUAGAAUUCUAAAUAGAACCAAUUUCGUUAUGGAUAAUCUUAAAGGAUAUUGAAAGCACAUUCCCUGUAAAUUAAAAGUUGCAUAAUUUAUUUCCUAAAAUUUCAUUCCAUUUUAUCUAAAUAACUAUACUUCGAAAAAAAUAGAAUGAAAACUCUUAGAUAAAACAAGAGUAAAUUGGUAAAUUCAUGUGAAUCUCACAAGAAUCAAAAAUUUAAUGUGACGUUAGUGAAAUGUCUUUUUAAUCAAGACGAUUUAAUAGGGAUGAGAGUAACUUGGUUUUAUCAUAUACGUUGUAUAUAUAUACGUAUAUACAGUAUGUAUACUUAUAAAAUACGUAUAAAACUUUAAGGUUUAUCGUUUACUUCAAGAGUUCAUUAGAUAUAUGACAUAAGCCUUUCCUAAGUUUUUCAUUAAUAAAAAUAACGAUCUAGUCUUUUCAAAUAAUGCCAAUAGAAUAUUUUGACUACAUAUAGCGAUGAAAUAAUUAUCCGCAUUGAAUUAUUGAUUUGCCAAUGCGAACUACAAUGGGUUGGCGGCAGCACCUUAAAAGAAAAAGGGAAUAUAAAGAGGAGUGGUUUCGAAAGAUCUUAGAUCGUUAAUAGAAUUUUGCUUAUAUAUCAAGUACUAAUGGUACAUUAUAAAUUAUAAUAAUCUAUCGAAUUCAUGGUAUUGUUAAUUAAGAUAAAAAUAUCUUUAUCCAUUUUUAAAAACUUUAACGAUGGAAAAUGUACAAUACCUAAAUUAAGAGAUUAGAGUUUUUAACUCGAAGAAGAAUCUCGUUCAGCAUACAGGUGUGAGAUACUAAUUAGAUCUUAACUCUCUCGUAUGGUGUUGCUCACAGGAUUUGGAAGGUCACGUGCUGGAUCAAUGGGAAGGAGUUCGCGUUCAGUGCGUUCAGUGUUCCAAUGAUCACGUAACAGUAUACGCAGCUGAUACGCAUCAUCGAAUAAGGGCGUAUAACUUUGAAGAAGUCAGUGAUCAGGAUGUAUUGAUGGAAGAUCAUGCUAUUAUGUCUUUCUGUUUAAACGAUUCAUGCGAAUUGGCUUUGCUCAAUGUGGCCCAACAGGGCGUUCACUUAUGGAGCGUGAAAGAUAAGAUACUCGUACGCAAGUUUCAAGGAUUGACCCAGGGAUAUUAUACAAUAUAUUCCUGCUUCGGUGGCUUGAACAACAACUUUAUAGCUUCCGGAAGUGAAGAUAAUAAAAUUUAUCUGUGGCAUAUUCGGAAGGAAGAGCCAAUAGCCACCCUUUCGGGACAUAAUAGAACUGUAAACUGUGUACAUUGGAAUCCAUGCGUUCCAGAAAUGUUAGCCUCAGUCUCAGAUGAUAGUACCGUUAGGAUAUGGGCGCCGGCUGCUGUGCAAGCUAAAAAUGGAACUUCAACACCUAUUUAGAAAUAUAGAAGGGAUAAGAAGACAACGCUUCUAUGCAUCCAUGCGCAAAAGGUGCUCUCUUCAAUGAGACAGACGAAUAAAAAACAAACUGGUCAUAUUGUAUAGCUUAUAUUAUAUAGGUUUUUGUGCUGAGUAUAUUUGUUAAAGGUGUACUAGACUGGUUACGGAAUGGUUAAAGUAUAACUUGAUUUGGAAGAUUUGUCCCAUAUUAAUUCUAAAAAAAGCCUGUAAAGGAAAACUAAUGGAGAGAAUGAGAAAGAAAUUGAUUAUUUCGUAGAAUAUGAUCUUUUACUGAUGCAUGUCUAAUCAUUUUAAAAUCGUAUAUAUGUAUAAAAUCAUAUAUCGUAUAUUAUAAGUAGCCAGUUAUCGGUUAAACAUUUACAAAUGUUCCGAUAAAAAUGAAGAAAAGUCUCUUUUCAAGACAAAUAGCAUACAAAAUUACCAAUUUUUCUUAAAAUAAUUGGAUGACAACUAUUUUUUAGAUGAAAAUUAUCACUAGCUGAGAAUUCAAUGAAUUCGAAAUGUUAAAAAGAAAUUAUCGAUUUCUAAUGAUAAUUAGAGUAAUAAUAGGUUAAUCUUAAGAAAACCAAUUGAAAUAUAUUCUUUUAAAGUAAGCGAACGAAAAUCUAUCAAAAUUCUUUUGUUUUUUCUAUUUUUAAUUUUUACAAUAUAAGCGAAAUUAAAAUGUCAAUAGAAAAUAUUCUUCAAUUUUAUCAUCUGAUUUGUCUUAAUUAAUACACUAAAAGGUGAAUGAAGUAAAUAAGUAAAUUUAAUUAAUACGUAGUCUUUUAUACAUAUAUGCAUAUAAAGACUAUUAAAAUCAUCAUUAACAUAUAAUUCGUAUUUUCAAGAAAAAUACAAGGAAGCUGCUUAAAAAGCAAUCUGUAAUUGACGAAAGGAGUUUGUAAAAUAAGUUUUUUUUGUAAUGUAUAUAUAUAAAUAAAAGAAAACAGUUUUAUCUUAAUCAGUCUAGUACAGUUUAAAGAAGAAUGUAUUACGAAUAUUUUUUCUUUUUUUGAUACCUUUACAGUUUAAUAUAUAUACUAAUAUAUAUAUAUAUUGUUAUAUAUAUAUAUAUAUAUAUACAAUGUAUAUGUAACUUUUUUGGGAUGGAAACAUCUGUAAUUUUUUUUUUUGCCUUAAAAUUUGCUAGUGAUUUAUAUUUUUUCCUUAUGUUUCCCUUUUUUUCUGUUUCUGCUUUAGGGAAAAAAAAAGUGCUAGGUAAAAACAAGACAAAAAAAUGUGUGCAGUUUCGUCGUGUAAUUUGCACAGAAAUAUAUAUAUAUAUAAUUCUUCAGUUAUAAUAUCCAUAUAUAUAUAUAUAUAUAUAUACAGUAUAUAUAUAUAUAUAUAUAUAGAUAUUUCUUUCUUUCUUUUCUCUUUUCUUCAAAAUAUUCACUGAAUGAUCAAUUUUUUUGAAUAAAUUGAAUCGAUAAAAACCUGUUAAGUUAAUGUCUUUUUUUUAGGAGUUUAUUGCUUUAUUUCACUAUUUACCCAGACGUCCCUGAAGCAGACGUUGUCGACGAUACAAUCUCACUUUGUAUAUAUAAAAAUAAUUAUUUUAAACGAAUAAUGACCUAUAGAUUGUUAAUUAACAUUUAUCUCAAGGAAAUCUGGUUUUGAAGUGAAAACUGUUAUACUGGGCCAAGGAUGGUAACUAUUUCUCUAUGGACAAAAAACACAGCUAUACUCCACUCUGUUAAAAAGCGAUGGUUGAGAUGAGUUUCUUUUAUGUCUUAUGGACGGUCGAUGUAGAUCAUUACCACAUUCUUGUUGCAUUAGACAGUUUUUUCUUAGUAAACGUAACCUCGAAAGCCGAACAAAUUUACUAUAGAAAAUGACUUUUGUGAUAUUCUUUGUACUUUUUGUCAAUUACAGAAGAAAAUAUAUAUAAAGCUAAUGUCUUCUUAUUGAACUUGUUCUAUAUUGUUUCUUCAUUUUAGAUGAAAGCGUUACAAAUAAUAACUAUAGAGCACAAAGUAGUGUACAAAAAAAACAUAUAAUCUUCAAGGUUCAACAAUCGAGGACAGGAUCGUUCUAAUUAAUAUAAGAAGUUUCCUUUAAACAUAAAUUUUGUAAUUAGUAAAGACCCUGGAAGAAGUAAACUAGGACGACUAGUUUUUUUUAAUAUACAGUACCAACUAUCUACCAACUAUUAACAGCUUAUUGUUUAAUGUUAUUAUAUAUAAAAAUACAGUAUAUACGCA